AUGGAGCUGUCAUCUGUUCCAUGUGGGAACACGAGGUCUUGCGAUGAUGUCGCAGCUGAGGCACAUCAUAGCAUGGAUAUAGUUACGAGAGGAAGCACGCCACCACGUUCGCGUUCUACUGUCUUGAAUACAAAGUUGAUACCAGCGAUAAGGAAUAAUCUUAUCAAUCAAUUCGACUUGAUAUGCAGCAUUUCCUUGCCGAACAUUCGUCGAUCUCGAAGUACUCCACCGGGUUCGGGACGCAACUGCGAGGCAGCUUCACCGACGCUUAGAGCAAGUCAAGAUUCAUCGAGUUCAUCCAUCAGAAUGCACAGGACGAAUCGUAAUGCAGUUGCUAGAAGCAUGAAAAGUUCAAGGAUCAAUGCAUGGAACGUGGUAUAUGAUCAACCCAAGCCCGAUCCCUAUCGAUACUUCAGACGUUUCCAUCGCUCUCCUGAAUAUUCACGCGAAUUGAUUCAGCUGAUUAAUUUCGCUUUCUUCGUAGAACGAUGGAAAAGUUACACGGAAGCAUUCAAUGCUGCUUAUCCUAUGUACAAAAUGACGAACUCCGAAGACAGCCGUUAUUACUUCUUUUUCUACUCACAUUUUGCUGCCGGUAGUAAUCAAUUGAAUCUAUCGAAAUCGACCGUCAUUAUGCCUUUCGCAACUCCAACACCUAAUCAACGGCGUUUUUCUACGUCGACGUCGAGCUCGAAAAUGACGCGCGAAGGGUCGUUUAGUUCAACAGUUGGUUCAUUCGAUUUGGCUGGUGAAUAUCGCGGUUCGGCUACAUUGCUCGGAAGAAUCUUCCGCUUUGAACUUAGUAAGCCGAAACAGAGGAGAAUGAGCACUCCACUUUCAAUCUAUCCACAUCAGUAUACGGAGGAUCCUACUGUAGCAUGGGAAAUGCUGAAACCGAAGCGACCUGUUAAAAACGUCCGACAAAUGAAGUUGGAUUCACCGAUGAAGGCGGAUCACGUGCGAUUCGUUUGUGUGGCUUGUACUCAUGGCGUUGCUCUUGAUCCGGCUUUUGUACCUCCUGGUGAUAUUUUAAUUGUUGCUGGUGAUUUUACGAGCUGCGGCCUCCCUAAAGAGAUCAAGAUGUUCAAUGAAAAUAUGGGAAAAGAUAUUGGCGAAGCAAAAGAAACGGCCUUGAAGCAGGCUUUAUCCGCUGCUCUAUCUUCAGCUAAAGUAAAUAAUCCAAAGUCACUGCUCACAAAUGUUAUAUAUUUACAAGAUUCAAUGGUUGAAUUGUUCGGUAUUCGCAUAUACGGCACCCCGUGGCAACCGAAAAUGGAUAAUUGGGCAUUCAAUUUACCACGAGGGCAAACCCUUCUAACAAAAUGGAAUCAAAUUCCUACCGGAGUUGAUGUACUCAUAACACAUACCCCUCCUCUUGGGCACGGCGAUACCUUGUCAACAGGAAGCAGGGCUGGAUGCGUUGAGCUUCUGAAUUCAGUUGUGAAGAGGAUACGUCCAAAGUAUCAUGUAUUCGGACAUGUUCAUGAAGGCUAUGGUUGUACAUCAGAUGGUUAUACAAAGUUUAUUAAUUGUUGUUUAAUGAAUGAGAAUUUGGAAAUGACAAAUACGCCGGUUAUAUUCGAUAUUCCAGUGAACGCAGAGACGAAAGCGCAUUUUCUGCAGAACAGCAAGAAACUAAUGAAGAAGCUAACACACAAAUAA